AUGUCGCUCAACAGUGUCACGAAGGGUGUCGGUAGCACUGCUGGAAACCUCAACAAGACAGUCGACUCUGCCAAAAAGGGUGACGUCUCUUCAACCGUCAAGAAUACCAAAAAGCAUGUCGACACAACAACUAAAGACCUUACUGGAAUCUCGGUGCCCGGCGAAUUUCCCAACAAUGACAGAGCCAACGACAAGAAAGCACAGGAGAUGCCCCAGGUUUCCAUACCAUCGAUUUCGUCCAUGUUUCAGUGGUUGAUGGACAAGUUUGAGUCGACGGUCAAGGACUUCAUUUCUCGAUMCCUGCCGCAACAGCGCCAAGAAGCUAUCUAUAAGUCAGCCAUGUCGCGUCCCAUGGCGACAACGUUUAUAAUUUGUCAGUUGAUUUGCUGUGGCGUUCCACUAUUAGUCUUCAUGGCUGGAGUAUUCAUCUUUGCUGCCGUUGCGAUCUUACUCUGGGCUAUCUUGUCGCUACUGGUCCUCGGUCCCGUUCUUUUGGUGACGGGCUGCACGGGUUUCCUCAUGUGGGGAUGGGGCUGGCUUUUCUAUUCUUUCAUCAGAUGGGUUGAUCAACGAUUUUUGGGCGGAGUGCUUUCGAGAUUCUUCUUGCCGCUGGCCUCUGGUCCAGAUGACGACGCAAAAUCUGCCGAGGGCGGUGAUCAGGGUUCAGGCAGCAGCGAGAAGAAGAAGCCUUGA